AUAAAAUAUAUUUUAUCAUAUGAAUCUUAUUGAAUUUUUCUAAUAUGUUGUAUGACCAGUUUAAACCACUUGUAGAUCUCGUAUUGAACAAUUGGACAGCAUUACAGUUGGCAGUAGAACAGGGCAUGGGUGCACCGGGUGGUGAAAAGACUGCCCAACUCAUGUCAGUUUACGUCGCCCGAUACUGCGUCGAAAACAUAGUAGAUAUUGAAAAUGUGACUGAAGUGUUGGAAGACUUGAUGGACGAAGAGUUUGAAACUGUCUGCCAUGAUAAUUCACCCAAAGAAGUGGCAACAUUACUCCUGCAGUACCUGGCACUGCUCAAAGAGGGUAGACAAGAAGAACUGCAAGCAAGAGUUGCUGCUAUGCCUACCUGUCCAAAAUGGCUAAAUCAGCCAGCUUGUUGUAAAUCUAUUCCACCGCAGAGUCACGGUAAUCCGGAUGAUGACACUACUAGUAGCAGUGAUGAAGAUAACCUUUCAAACAGACCAUUGAAUGGCAAAGGAUCUUUAGUAAACUACAACACCGACCGUGAACCAGUGGAUAAAGAGAAAGAGCCAGAUCGGGCUGUAGCGAGAACCAGAAGAAAAAAAGAGUAAGCAGGAAACUAUCUUGGAUGU